AUGGAUAAAUCGUUUUUGGACGUUGGUGGGCCGUAUAUUAGCGAGUCCCCGAUACGCGAAAUGUUUAUGCAUUCUUUUUUACUGUUUUCGUCUUCGGCAUUGAACAACGGUGACGAGAUACGGAUCGCCAUUCAAAAUCGAGAUGCGCAUACUCUACCGAGUGAGAGUUUUAUCUAUAUCGAAGGAAAAAUAAUAAAGCCCGACGAAAUGAAGACGAUCAUAAAUAUCGCCCAUAACGGUCUGACAAAUUUGUUUAACGAAAUGAAAUACGAAAUAAAUUCUACCGAAGUACAACGAGUCAAAAAGCCGGGAAUAACCAGUGCGAUGAAGGGAUACUGUUCGUACACUCCUGCAGAUGCAAAUAUUUUGCAAAACGCGGCCUGGGAUAUUGAGUGCAAAAAUGUAAAUUUUGUUAAAGACGGUACGUUCAGCGGGUUUAUACCGUUAAAGCAUGUUUUCGGAUUUUGUGAAGACUAUAAACGCAUACUGGUGAACUGCAGCCAGAAACUCAUAUUAAACAGAUCGAUGUCGGAUUUGAGUUCGUUACAUCUAACUAGUGUAGCGGGCGGUGAGGACCUAACGAGCGAAGCGGGAAAAUCUAUGGCUCGGAAAGUUAAAGUUCAGCUUAGUGUGUUGUGGAAAGUGCCUGUGAUCAAAGUCGAUGAUCGGGAGAGGUUGAAGCUAAUGAAAAUCGUGGAUAGCAAAAAAAUGAUAAAUUGCGCCUUUAGAAAUUGGGAGCUUUGCGAGUACCCGAAUUUGCCGCAGACAAGCAAACACUCGUGGAUGGUUAAAACGUGCUCGCAGGUGGAAAAACCUAGGUGCUUGAUAAUUGCUUUUCUCACCAAUUCACCCGGUACUGUAGCGGACGGUUAUAACGUUGAUUAUGAUACAUGUUCACUGACAAACGUUAAAGCAUAUAUUAAUUCAAUCGAAUAUCCGUAUGAAGAUUUCAACGAAAACUUUGACAAAAAUCUCUUUACCAUGUUCUAUCAAAAUUACGCCGAUUUCCAAAAACAUUAUUACGAGAGACUUACUGGCCAGCCGUGCCUGACGAGGGAAAAAUAUAAAGAGUUGGGGCCAUUUAUCUGCAUAGAUUGUUCACGGCAAAAUGAUGACGCUAAGAUUUCCAACGUAGAUCUUCGAGUUGAAAUCGAGGCAGCUAAUAAUUUUCCACCAAACACGGCAGCCUAUUGUUUAGUUAUACAUGAUCGAGUCAUUCAGUACAACCCGUUUAGCGGAGAAGUUAGAAAAAUUUAG